UGACUAUCUGCAAGUGCCCUCCGCGGCAUAGGCGGCGGUAAUGCGCAUUAGCCCUGGUUACUACCCGCAAUUAAAUAGAAAGAUGGAAAGCCACAACAGUUAGCUUUACAGCUAAAUGUGACAGGAGCGCUGUGUCCGCUGUGACACUGUCGGUCUACAUGGCAGGAGCAGCAGAGAUGCCCCCCUUCUCGUCUGCUGGUUAAGAUGUUAAUAACGCUGUGCUACGUCUACUUGUGGGUGCGCUUUCAUAAGUGCUACUCGGUGCUGAUCCGCCACAGCCUGUCCAGACUGAAUAGCAGCCGGUUCAGCUUCAGCUUCAGGGUUUGCUCCAGCUCGGCCUCAGCAGGAGCCACAUCGCCGCCAACCGGACGCCUGACAGCCGCUCGCAGGCAGCCCUGCCCUGUCUCGCCCGAAGACACCGUCUUCCUCCAGCUGGGAGACAAGGCCGUCUAUGUGACAGAGCCACAGGCAUGUGAUGACCUCAGCAAGUGGACUGUGCUGUUGGGGUCCUCUCUGGUGUGUGGUCCACGACUAGAGAAUAUUUCAUUCAUCAUUGAAGCUACAGGACAAAGAUUGGGCUGCCAUAAUCCUCACACAGCGAAUAAAAAAGUGCUGAAGUGGUCUGACUACUGUCUUCCUCUGGCCUAUAGCCCCGGUCAGCCAUUCAGGGCAGUGGCUCAGGCCAGUGUAGAUAACUUCAGUCAGCUUGGGGUGGCUUUUAUUGAAGAUCGGCUUCACCUGGACAAUGGACUUCUCCCUUCAAAGAUAGUCCCUGUGCUUCUCAAAGAAUCCACUCUCAGUGAGCUGUUGAAGAAGCAGUGUCCACAGACACCAAAGACUGAGACGUCUGUAUGUCUCUCUGGCACCGAGACUGAGGAGGGUGUCGCCGAACCAUUGCUUUGUAACCUGUCUGCUGACCACCAGCACCAGCAGCAUCGUAAAGGCAGCCUUUUCCUCACACCGGAAGCAAAGAGGAGAUUAGAGGAGCGACGAGGGUCGGAGCCGCUCCGCAGCACACAGGAUCUCGGAGUUGUCUGUGGUGCUGAGGGCCAUUCUUUGGGGAAUCAUCACCACAUGGAGGGUCAUGGACACCACCUCCACCUGUCCAGCUGCCAUGAAUGUUUGGAGCUGGAAAACAGCACCAUCCUCUCUGUGAGAUAUGCCUCAGCUGAAAACAUUCCAGAUCUUCCUGAUGAUAACUCCGUAGGGCUGGAUAGUGGGGAUGAGACUCUGGAUGAAGUUGAACACGAUGCCAAAGGGUUUUUUGGUCAAAGUGGCACAUUCGGGUAUAAUAGCAAACCGCCAAAUGUUCUGGUGUACACAGGUGGAUGCCAGGAGCGUUUUCAGGCAGUUCGUCAGCUUUUAUCAGAGUGCAUAAACAUGGAGGACAACAUUAUUUAUCCCCUUUUACCACAGCAGGCCUUGACCGAUCCUUGGCUGGACAAUACCAAGCUCCUAGUUCUGGCAGAGGAGGAAACCAUGAGCCCCCAGCUUCAGACCCGCUUUCUCACCUACCUAAGCCAGGGUGGCAGAGUACUGGGAUUAGCCUCCACCCUGUGCCCUGCAGGCCUUUGUUUGGAAGUCAGGGAGAGGCGACGUGGUCAAGUCAGCAGGCUGAGCUUUACCAGGGAGGACAGCACAGAGCUGGAACUGAACUUGUUGGCAAGUGGCAAGGUCUACAUCAGGGAUAGUCAGGGAGGAGGGGAAGUGGAACUCUGGGGGGAGCUGAAAGGGGAUGUCCCUCAUCAGAGGGAUAUGGUUAUAGUCCGAGUAACCCACGGACGGGAUGGUGGAGAAGCUGUCCUUUGUCAGGUCCAUCUGGAAAUUGCUCCUGACUCCCAGAAUUUGACAUCAGAAGAUUUUGAUGAACUGAAGAUUUGUAACGCACUGCGUUAUGAAGUCUUGACAGAGAUCCUCACCUCUCUUGGCCUAAACUGUGAGCUAAACCAGUCUCCAGCUCUGAGUUCAGUCCACCUGCUGGCCACCACUCAGGAGGCCAAGGCCAGCUUCCUGAAGUUUCUGCAGACACAUGCAGAUCAAAAUGGCCUCCUCACAUUGCCCAAGGUCUCCCUCAAGAUGACGUCGUGUUCUGAGGUCCAUGAUGGUCCGAUGCCACCUGAGGGCCCUCUAGCACUAGUCACCGACUCUACAGAUUCCGAGAACUGGGCACAAUUCAGUAUGGAGACCUAUACCAAGAACCUGAAGACCAGCCUACUGGGGCACACCCUGCUCUACGCUGAGGUCGUCACGUCUACCAUGGAUCUGUUAGAAGGGCUGACUCUGCACUUGCCGAAAGAUGUGGGGGUAUUGGCGGUAGCUGCUCAACAAAGCCAGGGCAAAGGUCGAGGCAAGAAUGUCUGGCUCAGCCCUCUGGGUUGUGCCAUGUUCACUCUGAGGGUCCAGGUUGAGCUGAGCUCCAGGCUCGGGCAGAGGAUUCCCUUCCUGCAGCAUCUGGCUGCUCUGGCAGUGGUGGAGGCUGUUCGUACUCUUCCGGGAUACCAGGACAUAGACCUGAGGGUGAAGUGGCCCAACGACAUCUACUACAGUAACCUAAUGAAGCUCGGGGGAGUACUGGUGACUUCCACCGUGAUAGGAUCAACCUUUCACCUUCUCAUAGGCUGUGGAUUCAAUGUGACAAACAGCAACCCAACGGUGUGCAUCAAUGACCUGAUCCAGCAGCACAACAGACAGCAUAACUGCAGCCUGCAGCCACUCAGCUGCUCCCAGCUCAUCGCUCGCACUGUUAACUGUCUGGAGGAACUCAUCAGCAGCUUCCAGCAGGGAGGCCCAGAUGCUGUCCUGCCCACCUACUACAAGAGAUGGCUUCACAGUGGGACUCAGGUGCGCCUCUGGAGUGAGGACGGGCUAGAGGCUGAGGUGGUGGGUCUGGACCAAAACGGCUUCCUCAAAGUGUACAGCAAGGAGCAAGGCGUGGUCUCACUGGAGCCUGACGGAAACUCCUUUGACAUGCUGAAGAACCUGGUGGUCAUCAAGCAGCAUUAGGACCAAACAAACAAGACGGACAAUCAUUGUCUCUUUCCACAGGGUGGAUCUAUGUGAACCAAUUUCUAAUGAUUAAUACAUCACUUCAUACAUGAAUUGAUUGAAACAUUAAUAGAUGACUAAACUUACAUUACUUGUUUACAGAGGGAGUAUUAUUAGCUGACGUAAUUUUCAACUAGUUGGGGUAUCUUGUUGGAAGACCUACAGUGAUGACAACUAGGUAAAGGCAGCUACAUAAAGAAAUAUCUUCAUUAGUCACUAUAGCAUACUUCAGUUUGAUCAUGUCAUGGGUUUGGGACCACCAAUUCAAACCAUUCCCUAACAACUUCUACUAUUUUCUAAGAACAGUAAGUCUUGUACCCACCAUCAGAACAUCUCAGCUGAUUUCACUGUUACAUGAGAACAGUGAUCAUUGCGGCUUUUAUUGUUGCUAAUUUCUGCAAAAUAAAGAGUUCCACAGAAAUAUA